UUUCUGAAACGGCGAUACGACACUCAGAGAAAGAAAUCGCAGCAGGAGAAGGAGCGAAACUAAAGAUAGAAUUAAGGGCAUGGUGCUGCGCAUGCAUCUCCUCCUACUUGAGCUCUCAUGGCUGCUGUCCUUAGUAGCAUGGCCAUGGGCAGCGGCAUUCCAGGCAGCAAAGCCAGGCUGCCAAUCCCACUGUGGGAACGUUAGUAUUCCUUACCCAUUCGGCAUAGGAGAGGGCUGUUCCAUCGAUGCAUCUUACGGCAUAACCUGCAACACUACUUUCAAUCCGCCCAAACCCUUCUUAAGCGAAACCAACAUCGAGGUUGUAGAAAUAUCUCAAGACGUGGCUCGCAUUAAGAACACAUUCGCUUUCACCUGUUAUGCUCAAUCGGGUCCGGUCAUAGAUUACAAGCUGGCCUGGAUUUAUUUGGACGGCACCCCGUUCACCUUCUCACACACUGCAAACAGAUUUACAGUGAUUGGGUGCGACUCGCUCGCAUUAAUCCUGGGGGUUGAGGAGCAUAACCUGAAAAACCAUUCAAGCGGAUGCUUGUCUCAGUGCUACCACAAAGAGGACAUCAUCGAUGGCGUAUGCUCCGGCGUCGGUUGUUGUCAGGUCCCCAUUCCCAAGGGGUUAAAGAGGUUCAUCGUGAGUUCUGGCAGCUUGUAUAACAGCACCAGAGUAUGGUCCUUUGAUGCUUGCAGCUACUCUUUUUUGGGUGAGCAAGAUAGUUACACGUUCAAGGCGUCGGAUGUGUCGGACCCCAGUUUCCGAACUAGGAUUCCAGAUAUUCCGGUGGUGCUUGAUUGGGUGGUGGGGAACCAGACGUGCCAGGAAGCUAAAAGAAACUUGACCACCUUUCCGUGCCGAGAGAACAGCUACUGUUACGAUUCCAACAACGGACAAGGAUAUCGUUGUGGUUGUAAAAAAGGUUAUCAGGGUAAUCCUUAUCUCCCUAACGGUUGUCAAGAUGUAAACGAGUGUGAGGAUCCAAACAACAAUCCCUGCGAGGGAAUUUGUACAAAUACAAUAGGAUCUUACUACUGCUCAUGUCCAAAGGGCAGUGAAGGUGAUGGUAGAAAAGAUGGGCAUGGUUGUAUUGCAAAAAGCAAAGAAUUUCCAGUAAUCAAGGCCACUUUAGGUUUGGGCUUUGGAUUGUUGUUUUUACUUGUUAUAUUUUCUUGGUUAUACUUCAGCAUAAGAAAAAGAAAGCUGAUGAAGUUGAAAGAGAAAUUCUUUAAACAAAAUGGUGGUUUGUUACUACAACAACAAAUAUCUUCACAUGACCAUGAAGGUGGUUUAGAGUCGACAACAAUCUUUACGGAAGAAGAGUUAAAGGUAGCCACCAAUAAUUAUGAGGAGAGUCGAAUCCUUGGUCGAGGAGGGUAUGGUACAGUUUAUAAAGGUAUUCUACCGGAUGAUAGAAUAGUGGCAAUCAAAAAGUCCAAAAUAGUGGAUGAAAGCCAGAUUGAGCAAUUUAUAAAUGAGGUUGUUAUUCUUACUCAAAUCAACCAUCGAAAUGUAGUGAGGCUCUUAGGGUGUUGUUUAGAGACUCAAGUACCCUUGCUAGUUUAUGAAUUUGUCUCUAAUGGGACUCUCUUCCACCACAUCCACAGAAAAGAUAGAAACCCCCAUUUUUCAUGGGAAAAUCGCUUGAGGAUCGCAGCAGAAACUGCAGGAGCACUUGCCUAUCUACACUCUGCAGCUUCAAUACCAAUCAUUCAUAGAGAUGUCAAAUCUACAAAUAUACUAUUAGAUGAUAAUUAUACAGCAAAAGUAUCUGACUUUGGAGCUUCAAGGUUGGUGCCUAUAGACCAAACUCAAGUAAGCACAUUAGUCCAAGGGACUUUAGGAUAUUUGGACCCCGAGUAUUUCCAUACCAGCCAGUUAACAGAGAAAAGCGAUGUUUAUAGUUUUGGAAUAGUUCUUGUAGAGCUCUUAACAGGGAAGAAGCCUCUAUGCUUAGAAAGAUCACAAGAACAAAGAAAUCUGGCUACAUAUUUCAUUUUUUCAAUGAAAGAGAACCAUCUCUUCCAAAUCCUUGAAGAUCGAGUUGUAAAUGAGGGAAAAUCCGAACAAAUACUUGCAGUAGCCGAGCUCGCAAAAAGAUGCCUCAACUUGAGGGGUGAAGAAAGGCCAACCAUGAAAGAAGUAGCCAUGGAGCUAGAAGGACUCAGAAGGUCUGAAAAGCACCCAUGGGUUCAGCAAGACCAAGAAGAGAGUGUUGGCUUGUUAUCUGAACCUUCAGACCUCUAUCCUAUACCACAAAGCUCUUACUCUUGUGAUACAUCUGGACAAUGCAGUUUGGAUACAAGUAUGUUAUUGUCUAUGAACUUUCCCCGUUGAAAAGUGCACAGGUGUCAUUAGGAAGAUUAUAUGGAACAUGAGCAGAAGAGCUUCUCAUAUUGCCCAUCCACAUGUGAUUAUAAAACCAUUAUGUUUUCAGAUGAUAUUAUCAUCUGGAUGUGGUCUUAGUGUACUUUUCUUCUUCUUCUUUGAUUAACUUUCACCCUUUGAUUGGCUUACCCAAGGUUUCCCAUUUCAAUGUACUACUAAUCUGUAUUGAUUUCCAACUUUAAACCAAACUAUAUUGCAAAUGACAGUUGUAACAUACCCUAACUUUUCAAAACCUCCGAAUAC